AAACCAAAAGUAGACGUCCGUGUGGUGUGAGGCAAGUGUGAGGGCUGGUUUCUCAUCAGUCGACUCAGACAUCGCUCUAACCCUCCGGCCUCCGAGCAUGGCUGCCCAGCGCCGCCAGGCUCUGGUGGAUGUGGUGUCGAGCCAUGAUACUGAGGGAUUCCUCAAGCUUCUGGCCAAUCAUCGGAGCAGAAAGGAUCCAUUUAACCUGGACGAGGUGCUGGCCGAGCUGCCCAGGGCUCAGCUGGACUCACUCUGGGAGUCACUGCUCAGCUGGAUCACCACAGGCCUGGAGUCGUUGAUCCCAGAGAACAAUGAGGACGAUGCAGAUCCGGAGAAGGCGGCUCUGGUGUCCGCCAUUGUGGAUACGGCUCUGUCGACGGUCUCCACCCUGCAGUCGGAGGCAGAGGACACUGCGCCAGUGCCCGUCGGGCUGCUGCAGACGGCUUCGAUCGUGAACACGAUGCUGCUGAGCCUGGACGAGCUGCCGUCUCUGGACGGCCUCUGUGACCGUAUCGCGCGCCUCUCGGAGCUGUGGUGGUCCCGCCGGCUGCCCGAGGCCGACUCCCUGGCGCCGCCCGUACUCAGCUAUCUGCUGCAGCUGGUGGUCGCUAAGGACCACAAGACUACGCGUCCGCUGGUGCAGCGCGCCUGCUCCCUCCAGCCGUGCCUCUCCACCGGCGGUCUGACCGGCUCCGGCUCCGGUCGGCUCCGUCAGCUGCUCUGCGGCGCCGCGCAGUGUCCCCAAAUCCUGGCCUGGGACGAGGGAGUGCGGUUCGUGGCCGGCGUGCUGGGCAUGUCGGCUCUGAGGACGCCGGCUCACACGGCCAUCAAGGCGGUGCUGCCGUCGGUGACGAAGGUGGAGGCGAUGAAGUAUGGACAGGCGUACUACCGGGCGUGGAGGAUGGCCGAGACGGCCGACAGAGAGUCUCUGGAAGAGCACUGUAUCCAGGACUUCAUGUACCACGCUGUGCACGCGUCGCGCGCUCCCGGCUGCCGACUGGCCCGCCUGCUCUACCAGCUGCUCCAUCAUAUACACGGACAGAGGAGACACCGAGAGACGGCCGAGAUGCUCGUCAGGCUCUAUCAGCCGAUACUGUGGCGGGCGCUGACGGUGCCGAACGAGACGGUGCAGCUGAACGCCACGUUUAUCCUGUUGGACGUGUUUCCGCUGGAGGACCCCAGUGAGACGCGCGUGGCACGGGACGCCGAGCUGGCCCGACAGAGCCGGCUGCUGGCUGACCUGCUGCAGGAGGCGUCACAUCUGGUCCGCGCCGCCGCCGCCAAGGGCGUGUGCCGGGCGCUGUCGCAGUUCUGGGACAUGAUGCCGCAGGACUGUCUGAAGCAGAUGAUGAAGGUGCUGCUACAGGACAUGGCGUACGACGCCGCCUCCGUGGAAGUGCGGCUGCAGGCCGUCUCGGGUAUCAGCGUGGUUCUGGACAACCCGUUCACGCACGCGUACAUGAAGUCUGCGCUGCCGUUUCUGGCCGAUGCCUUCCACGAUGUGCAGCUGUCUGUACGGGUCGCUGUAUGUGAUCUGCUGCUCAAGGUCAAACAGAUCAAGAACAUUCGCUACUUUGACGUUGUUCCUGUGAAGGACCUGCUGGCGCGGCUGGCCAUGGACGAGCCGCCCGUCUGCCGGCGAAUCGUGCAGCUGAUGGUCAACAGUUUCUUCCCUUCGGGCGAGUCGGACGAGACUCUUUUGAGCCGCUGCAUCUGUCUGAUCCAGGAGAAUCGGGAGGCCAGUCGCCGAUUCUACCAUCAUUCGGAGAAGGUUCUCACACUGGAGGACGCGGUGCGUCUGAUGAUCGCCAUUCGCCAGGCGUUGACACUUCACGCGCGUAAACUGCAGGCGCGCCAGGCGUCGGCCGGAGAGACGAGCCGACAGCGGCACAUGGCGGCAGCGGGGAGUAAUAAGGAGAACAGCAUGGCCGGAGGCUCCCGGCCGGGCAAGAGGCGGUUACACAAUGUCGACGAUCGCUCGGUGCUCUCCGACGCAAGUCAGGAGAGCGCCAGUUCGUCUGACGACUCGGCGCUGGAGCCGGCCGCUCCGCCCCCUCCCAGCUCCCCCCUGGACAAGGAGGAGGUCGUGGUAGGGCUGGUCGACGUCACCGCCGUCCUCUGGACCUGCCGUCUCACUGAGCUGGCGCAGCGACCCGACCUGCUGGAGACCCUGCAGCAGGCCUGGGGACGCGUCUUGCCGCUGCUGUUCAACCAACAUCGCGACGCGCCGGCGGCAGGAUCGCUGCUGUAUGUAGCAUCGCUGCUGCCGCAUGCUGUGAUGACUCCUCUGGCGAGUCAUUGUCUGUCAGCGCUCAAAGAGCUCCCCGAAGAUGCCAGUGCGGAGAGGUGCGCCAUGCUGCUCGAUCCGCUCAUUAACUGGGGACGUUGUGAUGAUGUGAUUGAGCUCUGUGCUGAGAGGCUUCAGGCGGCGUUCGAUGGGGAAAGAAGUUUCGUCGCGUCGCAGAAGAACCAGCGCCGCUCGGCGGGCGGUGUGAGGUUCCGGGACCCGCGCCGCGGCCAGCCCCGGCCCCGGCUGGCACUGCGGUGGCUGAUGCAUCUGUUCUCGCCCAGUCUGCGCCGGCACGUGCUGACAACGAAGUACGGUGCACCGCUGCGCGAGCUCCUGACGUGGAUGUCUUCUGCCGUGCCGCCGGCCGCGGAGGAACGUCUGAGCUCCGAACGGCCCCACUCCGAUCGGGAUGAGCUAGUUAAUGAGCUGGUGCGAGCGAUGAUAGUGGUCAGCCUCGCCCUAGCCGCCGGAGGGGGGUCGGACUCUGCCGACCCCUCGAACGCUCUCCGAGAACUUCUCAUCUGGGGCCGCGGUGUGGCGAAGGCCCCCGCGCGAUGGGUGAACUCUGCCCUGCUGCGGAGCGUCAGUGAGGCACUCUCAGAAGCCGCAGUGAAUGUGUCCCUAACUGGCUGUGUCGCCCCGGAGCUGUGUGAGGCGGGCCUUCAGUGGCUACUCCUGCACCUAUCCGCCUCAGAUGCCUCUCCCGAGCGCUGUCUGACAGUGCUCUUCCACUCCGCUGAUCUCCUGGAGGCCGUGGCCUGUCGAUCAGAGAAGGCCGACGAGCUCCGCACCCUCUGCCGAGAGGAGAUCCCUCCACUGACCGGCGCGGCGAUCGGGCAGCUGCUGAGACUAUCCUCUGCAGAGUGGCCCCCGCAGCCUGCGCAGCUGACGGAGCUCAGCAGUCACCUGAAGGGCGUACUGGCGGGCUGGAGACUACUGGGCGCGGAUGGAGAGGGGCCUCAGCGCGACCUGGCUGCCGUGCUGAUGGUGGCUGCGCAGAGGAGGAUCGCCAGCGAUAAACUGCAGGGCAGCACCUCGGCCCCGACCCCCGAUCUCUCCCCCCUGGUAUCGGCCCUGCUCAGUCCCCUGUGGAGGGACGCGGCCGGCGCUCAGCUGCUGGCCGGAGCGGUGGAAGAGUUUGUCAACGCCGGCCGGGAGAAGACGGAAAGAGGAGAGGAGGAGAUGGCAGAGGAGGGGAGCAACGCUGAGGAGGAUGCGGAACAGGAACUGUCCAAAGUGGUCACUGCCGGUUACGUACUGCACGCGCUCACUGCCGCCGCCCCGUCCGCGGUACCGCACUGCCGAGCCGCUGCCAGCGACGCCCUGGUGGCCGCGCAGAGAAUCUCCGAGACCCAGCUGACUGGCGACGACGCGGCGCCGCAGCACCUCAGCGCCGCCAAGCGGCUGUUGGAGGAACUAAACGCGCGGGCCUGAGAGGGGGAGGGGUGGCCCAGCCAUAGCGAGGGUGAGGGAGGGAAUAGGUAAUAGCGAGUUCUGGAUCGGUGGGUGGAUGAUUAGGUGUGAAUGUGCUAGGAGGUUUAAAGGAAAUGCUCCAUCCCUUCCUAAAAUGAACAAAUGCAGGCGAAUGCUAAAUUUAUCAUUUCAGUUUCGAUGUUGCGAAAUCUUUUUCAGAAAAAGUAACGCAUUUUCGUAACUUGAACAUUUCCUUUGACGCGUGCCGAAAAUAAUUGGGUUUCUUGAACGGAACCAUGACAAUUUUUUUUUUCUGGUAGAAUGAAGUGCGAAUCUGUGUGUGGUGUGCACUGUGCAUUGUCAUGAGUUAUGAUUGUUUAGUGAAAGAAUCGGUUUAAGAAUGUUGCGAUGUUACACGGGCGGACCCAGUUCCGUGCACCAGAAAGCACCCAUCCCGUGCGAAUGAAAGGUGGAUAUGUUGGGGCAUAAUAACCACUUGGUCGGAUUCGUUGCGUUAGGCUACAUUUUCAGCGCUGCCAAGCCAUACAUUAGGUUAGGAUAAAUCAUCGACAUCAGCAGUCAUCAUCUUCAUCAGUGAGAUUCGCGGCCGUCACCGUCAUCAACAUCAUCACCAAUGAUAAUUGCUGUGAUGGACGUCACCAGGCUGUUGAUAGCGAGAUCAGUCUCAUCAUCAUCAUUCAGUCUCAUUUGGAGAGUCGGACAAGCUUCCUGCGUGUGUAUUGCCCCGAGAUUAACACUUAGGUCGUGUUCAUACUUCUUGCAUUGCUUCUAUCGCAUCGUCGACUUACCUGUCUUCUGCUGUUUCUUGUCUAUUCGAUUGUAACUCGUACUCGCGCUAGUUGAGCGCUGUGCUGCCUUCGUCUCCCUAUGGCUAAUAACUUGAAGGGCAAUUGGGACUGAUGUGAUCAUGGAGUCCUUGGUUUUACAAUCUGUCGAUUAAUACAAUGGGUUGUUGCAGA